CUUGUCCCUCCCGUGGCCGACGACGAGGCCGAGAAAGCGGGCGGGGAGCUACAGUGGAGGAAGGAGACUCUCGUGGGAGUGAGAAAUGGCGGCAGCGUCGCCGGCGAGAAGGUUAUUCCUGAACAUGUGCGGAGCGCCAGAUCUUCUUGCCUGAUAUGUGAGGUGAACAAUUAUGCUGACUAAAGAACAAAGCAAUUAUAGUAUCCUUAAUUAAUAUGACUGACUCCAGGCCUCCACAAGGUGACUCUUCUGCUGCUCAACUUGAUGUAAUCACCUCAAAUUGUGAAGAUGUAGCUCUUCAAAGAAGAGGACACAAGGCAAGAACACUUAGCCCAGGAGAAGUUGAAAAACUGGCAAAAGAUCAGGUCUUGGUGUCUGACUUUAAACGACUAAAACUCGAGAAAGAAGCUCAGAAGAACUGGGAUCUGUUUUACAAAAGGAACAGCACCAACUUUUUCAAAGACAGGCACUGGACGACUAGGGAGUUUGGAGAAUUAAAAGCUUGCCGUGAAUUUGAAGACCAGAAGCUUACGAUUCUUGAAGCCGGUUGUGGUGUUGGGAAUUGCUUGUUUCCACUUUUAGAAGAAGAUUUGAAUAUCUUUGCUUAUGCCUGUGACUUCUCUCCUCGAGCUGUAGAAUAUGUAAAGCAAAACCCUUUAUACGCUACCCAGAGAUGCAAAGUGUUCCAGUGUGACCUUACCAAAGAUGAUCUUCUAGAAAAUGUUCCACCAGAGUCUCUGGAUGUUGUGAUGUUAAUAUUUGUACUUUCUGCUAUCCAUCCUGAGAAGAUGCACUUAGUUUUGCACAAUGUUUAUAAGGUGUUAAAACCAGGCAAAUGUGUGCUUUUUAGAGAUUAUGGUCUUUAUGAUCAUGCAAUGCUGAGGUUUAAAUCUGCUAGCAAACUUGGAGAAUAUUUUUAUGUUAGACAAGAUGGAACAAGAUCGUAUUUCUUCAAAGAUGAUUUCUUGGCUCAGCUUUUUCUGUCUGUGGGAUAUGAGCAAGUGGUCAACGAAUAUGUGCUGCGAGAAACUGUGAACAAGAAGGAAGGCCUCUGCGUUCCAAGAGUGUUUCUCCAAAGCAAAUUUCGAAAGCCUCAAAGGAAAACAUGAUUUUUGCUGACUUGCAGCUGGACUGUUGAAGUCUAUACAACACUGGCCUGCAGUAGUUUCUUCUCUUUGCUUUUGCUAUCACAGGGAGAAAUGUACUGGAAUGACUAACUCUGUGCCUGCCCAAGCUGCUAUCUGAUUCCCCCACUCAACUUUGUGACAAGUGAAUGACACUCAAAAUAAAGGAAAGGGGUACACAUAUGGUUAGCCCCCUGCUUGGUGGCCACCCUUAAGUUUUUCCUAUCUUGAAGCUGUGCCUGGAUGGCAAAUAUUUCAAAUAAAGUACUUUCAUUUUUAAUUACUGCUUCAGAAAUGGAAGGAAGAAUGUUUGGAAUAUUUUACAUUUUUUGUAAUUUUUUGAAUUCCCAUUUUAAGUGGAUAUGUGUGAAAUACAAACACUUGUUUUGUUACUUAAAA